AUGAGAAGGAUAGUUAGAUUUCUACUCACUGUGCGUCGAGAGGGCAUCUCACUCCAGAUUUUUGUGGUCUGUUUUAUGUGUCUGAUGAGCAAGCCGUUUAAUACAACGCCAGAGGGCGCCCGCUGGUUCAGUGGCAAUGUGCUUCCCGGUGCCCCAACUAAAGACGGACGUGUCCUAGUGGAUAAGACAAAGGCCUCGGAAGACUGGUGCAAGUACAGGAAAGAUAACUAUGAUGACCUGCCCGAACAUGAUCACGGGAUGGCCUUUACAAUGCGAGAACUAGCCUCCAACGCUUUUGACACUGCCGUUGCAGGCGUAGCCCCUGUUGCGGGCAUAUGCUCACGCUCUUCCUCGUGCUCCAUCGUGGAGUCUCACGGGGGCUUUACUUCCUUCAUCACGGCGGCCCAUGAGCUUGGACACAACCUAGGAGCAAGCCACGAUGGUUCUGGUACCAACACUGCAUGUCCUGCCAGCAACGGCAACAUCAUGGCGCCGACCUCGGGGGGUUCUGAUCCGAGCAGCGGCUAUUAUUUCUCCGACUGUUCUAUUGCAGAAUUUAAGAAAACCCUAAGAGGUGCCUGCUGCCUUGUAGAUGAAGGACGUUAUGAGAAUUCAGCGGAAUAUGCAGCCAACACUCAACGUCGUCCUGGUCAACUAUUUGAUGCUAACCAACAGUGCCAGAUGCAACACGGAGGCGGUUCCUCUACGUGUAAUGUUUUUGGAGCCGAUAACUUUUGCCAGUAUUUGCGCUGCAAGACGGGUGCUUUCACCUGUUCUCACAAGUUUAAACCGCCGGCAGAUGGCACUGACUGCGCAGAAGAAAAAUGGUGUAUAGAGGGCAAGUGUGUCGACAAGAAAAGCACCCCAGCACAAAAUUCAGGUCGCAGUACAGAGAAGGAUACUACAUGGUGUCCGUACGGCUGGCCUGGCGACCAGUGUAAGGACUCUGACGCAGCUAAGAUAAACGUUGGUCUCGGUAUGGAAACGUGCGAGUCGGCUAUCAACAGGGAUGGGAAAACGUUAUGCAAAAACGACCAAAUUAGGUCGUCCGGUUGGUGCUGUAUACAAUGCUACUAUUAUGAAGAGUCACAAAAGGCGGGCAUUUGGAGUGAUUGGGGUGCAUGGAGCGGUUGCAGCGCCUCUUGUGGAAGUGGUACACGCAAGCGUUCACGAAUAUGCCCUGUAGCUUUGUCGUGUGCUGGUGAUGGCACGCAAACGGAAGGAUGCAGCGCAAAAGCAUGUGGAACCUGGACAGAAUGGAAACCAUGGACCACGUGCACUGUCACGUGUGGUGGCGGAAGUCAGACAAGAUCAAGAACAUGUGAUGGCGGAAGUGACUGUCCUGGGAGCGACAGUGAAUCUCGAGCCUGUAAUAGCGACAGUUGCCCCGGGAUCAGCACGUGGUCAGAGUGGGGUCCAUGGACAACCUGUAGCGCUACCUGUGGCGGUGGGACGAAAUUAAGAACCCGUACCUGCAAGAACGGCGUUUGUGACGAGGGGGUUGCUGAUGAAUCUGAGCCGUGCAAUACGGCCUCCUGCCCGGCUGGAUCUGUUGACGGUAACUGGAGUGAUUGGAGCACGUGGUCUGCUUGCAGCGUCCAAUGCGGUAAAGGAGAAAAAUCACGUGAUAAAUUGUGCAACAACCCAGCGCCAUCUAAUGGCGGGUCGUGGUGUUGCUACAACGGCAUGUGUCAGUUCAACAAACUUACAAACAAGGAAUCGUGUGAUGCAGGGCCGUGUGAGAAAUUAGGCACGUGGGGUCAGUGGGGAGAAUGGACCGAGUGCAGCGCCACCUGCGGGGGAGGGAGUAAAUCAAGGACUCGCACGUGCGUUGGAGGCGAUUGCGACGAAGGUGUUGCUAGUGAAUCCGAACCGUGCAACACAGAAAAUUGCCCGGCUGCAAAAGUCGACGGUAACUGGGGAGACUGGAGCGCGUGGUCUGAUUGCAGCGUCCAAUGCGGUAAAGGAGAAAGAUCACGUGUGAAGUCAUGUGAUAGCCCAGCGCCAUCUAACGGUGGCUCGUGGUGCUGUUACAAUGGCAUUUGUCAGUAUAAUAAGCUCACCAGCAAAGCUUCGUGUGAUGCAGGGCCUUGUAUUGACGAAAAAGUGGACGGUAACUGGGGUUCUUGGACCCCCUGGAGUACAUGCAGUUUUUUCUGCCAAAAGAAGCGUGCCAAGUACUGCAAUUCUCCUGUCCCCAGUGGCGGCGGGAAGUACUGCAUAUAUAACGGGUCUUGUUGCUACAAUAAGGUCGACCAACAAUCGAGUUGUUCUGAUGGGGCGUGUAUAUUUGGAAGAUAA